AUCCACUCACAUUUGUCAUCUUCUCAUUGAAGCAGAGGAGUAUCUUUCACAUUUCAAAGCCCUAAUAUUUACAUCAAUGGCAGCUCAGACAUUGCAGCUCCGACCACUGGGCAACACUGGACUCAAUCUCAGCUCUGUCGGCUUCGGCGCUUCUCCUCUCGGCAAGGUUUUCGGCGAUGUCUCCGAACAAGACGCCUUCGCCGCCGUCCGGGAAGCCUUUCGCCUCGGCGUCAAUUUCUUUGACACUUCCCCGUAUUAUGGAGGAACGUUAUCGGAAAAGGUACUAGGGAAAGCUUUGAAGGCUCUUGGAGUACCUAGAGAUCAGUACAUUGUGUCUACAAAAUGUGGGAGGUACAAAGAGGGAUUUGAUUUUAGUGCUGAGAGAGUGACUAAAAGUAUUGAUGAGAGCUUGGAGAGGCUGCAGCUUGAUUAUGUUGAUAUGUUACAAUGUCAUGAUAUUGAAUUUGGGUCCCUCGAUCAGAUUGUGAAUGAGACACUUCCCGCCCUUCUAAAAUUGAAGCAAGCUGGAAAGAUCCGCUUCAUUGGUAUAACCGGCCUACCUUUGGGGAUAUUCACUUAUGUGCUUGAUUGCGUCCCUCCAGGCACAGUUGAUGUCAUCCUGUCAUAUUGUCACUACAGUGUCAACGAUUCAACUUUGGAGGAUCUGUUGCCAUACCUGAAGAGCAAGGGUGUGGGGGUGAUCAGUGCUUCUCCUCUUUCAAUGGGUCUUCUUACUGAGGCUGGUGGUCCAGAGUGGCACCCUGCUUCUUCUGAACUUAAGGCUGCCUGCCGAGCUGCUGCUGAUCACUGCAAAGGAAAGGGAAAGAAUAUCUCAAAAUUAGCCUUGCAGUACAGCUUAGCAAAUACCGAUAUUUCUUCCAUACUAGUGGGGAUGAAGUCUGUUAAAGAGGUGGAGGAAAAUAUAGCAGCUGCCCUAGAACUAGCAACGGCUGGAAUGGAUGAAGAAACAUUAUCAGAGAUCACAGACAUUCUGAAACCAGUGAAGAAUCAGACAUGGCCUAGCGGUAUCCAACAAAGUUGAUUUGUUUGACAGUUCAACGAGCUGUGCAAUAAGAUCUUGCGAAUUGUGAUCUCCUAGUUGUGCAUGUUUAUUUUCACUUGGACAUCUAAAACUAGUCCAAAUUGAAAUUGUAUGUUGUAUUCUUCCAGCCUUUUACAUAUCAAAGUUAAAAUAACGAAUAAAUGUUGCAGUGUUUUAAGUAUAGGAGGCCAGUUUCGAUUUUUAAUGUCUUUUUGGGACCUGUCUAAACAGAGAUUUUAAUGGGAGCAAAUUGGAUCUAAUGUUGUGGACAUGU